GCGACAUAGAAUAAACCAAUAAUAUUCAAGCGAGCCAAAAGUGACAGAGAGCUGACUGUAGCGUUUUCCGAGUCGUAUACUCACCUUAAGCGUCUAGGAAGGAAGAUUAUAAAACCAUCAUCUUCAAAAUGACGUCCAAAUGGUGUUGGGUCACAAAAAAUCUUUAUUAUUUAAAUAGCCUACGGAUUAUCACGCCUAAAAAUCCAAUAAAAUUCACUUGUGAGCAAUCAUUCCAUUCAACACAACCAUCAUUUGGUGAAGACAUUCUGGAUGGCAUACAAUUACGUCGUGUUAAACGGACAUCUGUCAAAGAAACUGAUGAUGUACGCAGAGCCCGUUUAUUGUAUCAAAGCAGAAAGCGUGGAAAUUUGGAAAAUGGAAUUCUGUUAAGUACAUUCGCUGCUGAACAUUUACAUAAAUUGACUCCUGAACAACUUAGUGCAUAUGACGAUUUAAUCAAUUUACCCGAUAAUGAAUGGGAUAUCUACUACUGGAUUACAAAAGCCAAAGAAGCUCCAAAAUAUUUUCAAACGGAUGUUUUAAAACUUCUGCAGGAACAUUGCAAAAAUACACGAAAUGAACAACGAUAUCAUCAGCCGAGCUUAUAUUAAUUUCUGUACAGUUUUACUAGCUUACAACUUCUCUCUUUUGAUUGGCUUAUUUUAUUUGUAGUUAUACUUUGUACAAAUUAAUAUAUAAUUUCCCUUGCU